AUUCAGCUUGACUCAACCUCUGAAAUCCUCUGUUCUCAUUGGCUGACGGCGUGACGCUGUACAUGCGUAGGUGCUUCCUUAACUUGACUCGGAGAGACAGCAAAAUAGAAGAUGGCUGGUCACCGGUUGGUCCUGGUGUUAGGUGACCUGCACAUCCCCCAUCGGUGCAACACCCUGCCAGCCAAGUUCAAGAAGCUGUUGGUCCCGGGGAAGAUCCAGCACAUUCUCUGCACAGGAAACCUCUGCACCAAGGAGAGCUAUGACUACCUGAAAACCCUCGCUGGAGACGUCCACAUAGUCCGAGGAGACUUUGAUGAGAACCUGAACUACCCAGAGCAGAAGGUGGUGACAGUGGGCCAGUUUAAGAUCGGUCUCAUCCACGGCCACCAGGUGAUCCCCUGGGGCGACAUGGCCAGCCUGGCACUGCUCCAGAGACAGCUGGACGUCGACAUCCUCAUCUCCGGGCACACGCACAAGUUCGAGGCGUUUGAGAACGAAAACAAGUUCUACAUCAACCCUGGUUCUGCCACAGGAGCCUACAGCGCACUGGAAAGCAACAUCAUCCCCUCUUUUGUAUUAAUGGACAUCCAGGCGUCCACGGUGGUGACGUACGUUUAUCAGCUGAUCGGCGACGACGUGAAGGUGGAGAGAAUCGAGUACAAGAAGUCUUAAAGGGACGUCGCACGGAGGAAGAGGGGAAGAGUUGGGUUAACGUGGCUCAGUUUGUAAUUUCAUUCCUUUCCACCAGGGGGCCGCAGCUCCCCCCACAGUCACCACAAUGUUAAUCCCGUAACAACUAUUGACUAACCUAACUCUAAAAGACCUGUGUAUUAUAUUGUUUAUAUGCCAACAGCAUUUGCUUGAUUCCGGGCUGGCAUUUGGUAACUGUAGAAAAUGCAAUCAUGUCACAUGUAUUUGUUAUCAAAAGGAAUAUUUGGUGCCAUUUUCUGUCUACUGGUUUGUUUUUUUUGGUUUUUGUUUUUGUUUUGUUUUUUAAUUUUCGCCCUCGUCAUACCCUCAACAUGCAACCAACAGGCCUUUAGCUUCAUGUAGUCGACCCUUCAGUCUUUUUUUUUUUUUUUCUCCACAAUAAAGAUCUAAUUUCAC